AUGCGAGACUUGGUCCGGAAAGCCUUGACCCUCGGGUCGCUGGCCGCUACAACAGCCGCUGUGACACCCAUACCCGACGCCGACAUGGACUACUUGUUGAACACGGCGGGUAUCGAGCUCGCCAUGAAGGCGCAGCCCAUGUUCCUGAUGGGCCAGGCAGUGGGCAAGGCACCGUGUAUUCCUUCGUGGGCCAUAGUGAACGGCACCCAAGCGGCUCCGUCGGAACUGUGCGCGUGGCCAGACUCCGGAUGCCAUUGCCGAAACCCCGGCGUGCCGCUUGGAAGCCCGAUGCCGUCGUUCCCCGUGUAUUUCUCAUAUUCCAGGGGGGACGAGAAGAAAGGGAGGGUUGUGCUGUUGACCCCGGCGAAGCGGUACGCAUACAUCAAGCAUUACAUUACCAUGAACCGUGAUGUGCUGGCGUAUACUUGGGUGGCGGUGGAAUAUAUUCCACCACGGACUGCAACAAGUUCCUAA